CCCGACACUCCACCGCGCAACGCCUGCGACAUGAGCAAAACCAGCCUCGCCGAGCAUGGAGUCCGCGCCCCUCAUCAGAGCACAGGAGCACGUCCGCAACGCCUCCGCCGCGACGUAUGCCGGCGAUCUCGCCAGGGCGGGGCAGGAACACGAGCUCGCUGCUGCUGCCUUUCACGACGGCUUGAGCUCCACCACCAACGCUGAGUCUCUGCGCCUCAUCGCCCUCCUCGAGAACAACCACCGCGCACACGCCAGGCGCAUCAAAGAACCCCCGCGCAAGGCGGAGCGGAAGAAGCUCGACACCGCCAACGAGCCUUCAGACGCUGCCACGACCUCACCGCCCUCGAAGACUGCCGCAGCUCGGCCCGCCUCGCCGCCCACCUCGGCCACGUCCCCGACCCGCGCGCUCUCCCGUCGCCGCCUGCCCCAGUCGUCCAUCGCAAGCAACCUCGCCGAAGCACGCGGCAUAGGCCCCCGCCGAGCCACGCCGAGCAGUGCGUCUGUCUCCGUUACGAAUGCAUUGGCAGGCCGAAAUGAGCCUGCGUCCACGCCAGUGCGGGACAUGCUCUCGCGGAAGGCAGAAGCCAGCAAGAGGAACGACCCCAUGUCGUCCGACAAGCACCAGGAGGAAGCUCCAACGGCAGGCCAAACCACUUCGUCCGCGACCGAGGAAGGCUUCAGGCGUUUCUAUUCCGCCUUUGGCAGCGUCAUGUCAGCCAUCACCCCACCGCUGGCUUUCACCGCUCUCCCACUUACUCUCUCGCCCGCCGCCCCCGAACCAGAACCUCCAGCCAAAGAAGCAAAGCCUCCCAAAUCUCUCUCAAAGAGCAGAAACCACUCGCCCGAAGCCGUCCGCACCGUAAAAUCCUCCGAGCCCGACCUCGCCGCCCUGAUAAGCAAGCCCGCUCUCCGCGCUCUCCGCGAAGACGGCAGCGCACCCCUCGGCCCAAACGAAUCCUUCUACCUCGUCCCCACCUCCGGCGGCACCGUCUCCUACGCCAGCAUCCUCCAGAACCCGAACGCUCCCCACCACCCGCACCACGCCGCGCAAAACCCGCACCUCGCACCUAUCGACGAAGCCGACAACGAGUCCAGCGGCCUCCGCGGCUCCUCGCACGAGGAAUUUGUCGACGCCCGCGAGACGGUCGGUCCGCCAUCCCCAACUGCAUCUCGCCGGCCUCGCUCGCGAGGUCAAACUACACAAGGUGUAGGUCCCGCCGUGACGGCUCUGCGCAGUAUACCAGCCGGCCGCGGCUCGGGCCUGAAGACCUUCGAGGAGAUCAGCCUCGAGAACGAGACGCUCAAGGCCACCGUCGACAAGCAAGCCAAGCGCCUCUCCAUGUGGGAAACGACGUCACAAUCCUCUUAUAACGCACUGGCGCAAUCCUUCCGCGCGCGCAAAAUGCCCUCGGACCCUUCGGCGCUCGCGCAAGCUCUCGCCAUCGGCGCCAACGCUGUGCCGCCCGCGCUUCCCUCGCCGACCGCUCAGUCUGACCCGCAGCUUGCGAAGCGCCUCGCGGAGCUCGAGGCCCUGGUCGCAGAGCGGAAUGCCGCGCUUGACGAAAAGGCCAGGGAGAACGAGAGGCUGGAGCGCGAGAAUCGGAAGAAUGCAGAGGUGUUGGGGCGGUAUCGGGAUCAGUGGGAGAAGCUGAAGGCGGGGGCGAGGAAGCGGGAUUUGGAGAAGCGGGCGGCCAGGUCCAAGGCCGCGGAGGGGGACAAGGGGGAGAAAGCGGAGAAGGAGAGGGAGAGGGAGGAGGACGAUGAGGGGUUGGAGGAGGAGCCCGGGUUUGGGAAGGCGUAGGCGAGGUGCGGUGGACGGCGUACAGGUUGUGCUUAUGAUACCCUUG